AUGUUCAAUACCCAAUUGUCACGUGUUAGUUCUGAUAGAAUCACCAAGAAUCCUGAAUCAAAAGACCUAGUUAAUACAUCAUCACUUUUGAUUAUUGAUUCUCUUGCUUACAAUAUUUCUGUUAAUUCAUCAAACACUGAUAUUUGUGAUGUUGAAUCAGGUAGUACACUCAUGAAUAGAGAAAAAGGCCA